UACAGAAACGACUAUUUGAGACUGACAAAACAUACUGUAUGGUGGUCAGACGGGAACUAAGCGACUUACUACCGAGACACAGACUGUUGCAGCGUAAACAAGAUAGAAAUCACAAAACAGAUGUUGUAAUCUUGCUCAUCAUGGUGGACCAGCUGGCUUUCACGCAAGAGAACAGAGAGCGGAUACAGGCAGUGGAGAACUCCUUCGGCCCCUCUGGGAUGUCCCUGAUCAGACCUGACCGGGUCUUGAUAGGCGAGGGGCGGCUGAUGAAGCUGUGUCGACGCCGCCCCCAGCCUAAAGUAUUUUUCUUGUUUAAUGACAUUUUGGUGUACGGUAGCAUCAUCCUUCAUGGACGCUGGCACAAGAACCAGCAUGUUAUCUCCCUGGAGGAUAUCCAGCUAGAGGACCUGGAGGACGGGGUCAUCAUGGAGAACCAGUGGCUGAUCCGCACACCACAGAAGUCCUUCUAUGUGGCAGCUGCCUCCGCUGAGGAGAAGCGUGCCUGGAUGGAGCACAUUGAGGACUGCAGGUGUAAGCAGCUGCAGCAUGCCGGCUGCCAGCCCGGGUGCACCUUCGCCACCACCUGGAUCCCUGACCGGGCGUCCGCCAUCUGCAUGCGCUGCUCUCAAACGUUUCGGGUCAACAAACGUCGCCACCACUGUCGUCGCUGCGGCUUUGUCGUCUGCAACGCCUGCUCCAAGAACCGGGCCGUGAUCUGCCACAUCUCUACUAAGCCUGUGAGGGUGUGUCGACUGUGUCACCUCAGUCUCCAGGACCAUGGGGAGCUGACUCAGGAUGAGGUGCAUCUACGGGGGGACAGUGAUGGGAGGAACUGCUCUGAUGAAUCUGACCUGGUCAUGCCCGAGUACGAGGCGACUAGCGACGAUGAGGCGAAUGAGUGGGUAGAACACCACGCACCAAGCAAUUGGGUUGAGUGUCACAACUCUUGGUCCCCAUUUAACUAUUUAAAACCGGCCCAUCAAAGUCUCAAUCUCACUGGAUUGUCAAGUCACUUGACUUGACUUGGUUGACAAUUGGACAAUGUGAGAGGACCCUGAAAAGUAUUUACUGAAUGAGUACGUGGAGAAAAGUGCCAAAUCAAGACGAUACAUGAUCACAUGUAAUCAUAAAUAUUGCACAAAUAUGAACACUAAUCCUACCCAUAUAAUGUAUGCAUUACAUACAUUUUUUCCUGUUAAUAAUAUAAUAUUCCUUUGAGUGUUUUGGGGGGCUUAUUUUUGUUAUCCUUUUGAUAAAAGGUUAACCUGUAGUAUUCAUUGUUGACUGGCCAUUAUGCACACACGGAGCAUCUUAUUUUACACGAAACACAUUUCGCACUAAAUACUUUUAUAUUUGUCCUAUACUUAUCGUGUUUUUAAAAAAGGCACAUUGACUACGUGCCUAUAUUAAGUGUACCUGUAAUUAUAACUCUAAAUGGCAGCAAUAACUAUACCUCUUUAUUUAUCACAUUCACAUCAACCAUUUAUCUUGAAAUUAAAUAUUUUGAUAGCAACCUUUGGUUAUCCUUGUCCUGAACACCUGGUAAGACUGCUUAUUGACCCCCCAAAACAGCUGUAAUCAAACUAUUUCGUGCUUAGGUGUUACAAGCCUCCUGCAGACACAUGAACCAGUCCUGAGGCAACAGGUGCAGUAGAUAAGCCUUUCGAGAAAGUUCUUGCGUCAUUUCAUUUUCCUAGUGUUGUCAAUGGCAAUACUCAGGCCAACUGCCAAUUACUUUUUUUUUUUAAGAACGUAUUCAAAUGCAACAUGUCAAUCAUUAACAUUUUAUAGGCAUUUCAAACCAAAAACCAGUUUAAAUCAUGCUCUCUGGUUUCUGAAAAGAACUGUAAAGAUAUAAGACUGCUCUCACAUCCCCAGACUACCAAUAAAGUGGUGAUGGAAUAUGA